CUGAUGCCAGUGUCUUCCUCUGCAGUGACAUCUCACUACCCUAUAGCAGAAGCAGCAAUAACCAACACCAGCAGUCAAGCAGCAGCUUCAGAGUUCAGACAUUCGGAAGACAACUCAAAACCUUUCUCCCCUCCUUUCUCUCUCUCUCUCUCCAAGUGGCCAGUCAACACAGCUUCCUGUGUUCGAAUAUUUGCACUGAAGACUCUAUCUCAAUACCUCUCUGCAACAUGGAAUCUAUACACAGAAGGAGGUGGUAUGUUCAACUGGGUUGUCUCUUGAUGGUGAAUUUUAUUUGCAGCACCCUAGAAUAUCAAAAAGAAGCCCCUGCCAGCCUUGGAGAGAUUGAUCAUCAGUGCUGGGAAACCUCCUCUCAUCGGCUGGUGGAAAUGAAGAAACUCAGGAUUGCAAGCACAGUUAUUGCUCUCUGGGAAUUCAUGAUGUUCUUAAAAGAGUCAUCUAAACCCAAACAUAAUGACGUCUUCAAUGAUUUAGCCCAGAACUUCUGGGAUAUGUACAUAGACUGUGUGGUCGCAAGGUCACAUGGAGUAGGCAGGAGACAAUUAGUGUCCCCAGACAAUAACUUUAUGAAUGCACAGAAAACCUCUGCAGGUUUUUCAAACCUCAACUGUAGAGCAAAGAGGCAAAAAUACAGAAGAUACCUAGACAAGAUGGUGUCAGACUAAAGUCAGCUUGCUUUUCAAAAACCAUAUCUUUUACUAUAUAGAUGUUUCUGAGACCUAUUUCUUGCAGUCUUUUUUCUGUGUCCUAAUUUGAUAAGCAUAUUCCAGACAAUCAUAGCCAACAUAAUUCCUUUUCUUACUGUUAAUACUGAAGAACUCAACACAAAUGCAAAUAUUUUAUUUAUUUAGAUAAAUUACCUGUUUUCUCUCAGGUAAAUCCACGUGUUUAAAAUGAGCAUAUUUUUGUAGAUGCCUCUUUUUUGGGAGAGACAAGUUUCUCAUUUUAGAAAGUGCCGAAUUCAAUGG